AUGAAUUUCAACGGUUUUCUCGACGACGGUUCCUCCGACGGAACCGGAAAACUACUCUCCGAUGUUCCGUACAGUAAUAACCACUUCUCUUUCUCCGCCGGAGCCACCAUGCUCGAAACAUCCAUUACUCCUCACUCUCGUCCUUUCUCCUCUCACGGUCUCUCACUCGGACUCCAAACAAAUGUUGAAAACAACGGAGAAAUCGUAAGAAACGGAGAGAUUUUCGAGUCGACGAAUGUAACUCGUAAGAGUAGAGGAGAAGAAGUAGAAAGCAGAUCUGAAAGUGAAGGUGUCUCCGGUGACGAUUUAGAAACCGAUGAUAAACCUCCGAAGAAGAAGAAGAAACGUUACCAUCGUCACACUCCUAAACAAAUACAAGACCUCGAAUCGGUUUUUAAAGAGUGUGCACAUCCAGAUGAGAAGCAGCGUCUUGAUCUUAGCCGGAGAUUAAACUUAGAUCCACGACAAGUCAAAUUCUGGUUCCAAAAUCGCCGUACUCAGAUGAAGACGCAAAUCGAGAGACAUGAGAAUGCUUUGUUGAGACAAGAGAACGAAAAGCUUAGAGCUGAGAAUAUGUCAGUAAGAGAAGCUAUGAGAAACCCUAUGUGCGGUAACUGCGGCGGACCAGCCGUACCCGGUGAGAUCUCCAUGGAGGAACAACAUCUUCGAAUCGAAAACUCACGUCUCAAAGAUGAACUAGACCGAGUUUGUGCCUUAACCGGUAAAUUCCUUGGCCGGUCUUCCGGUUCACAUCCUAUACCGGAUUCAGCACUCGUACUCGGUGUUGGCUCUAACGGUGGUGGAUUCAGUCCCUCACCUAGAUUUGAGAUUUCUAAUCGUACCGGUUCUUGUUUGGCACCACCGGUUAGUGUUAGUGAUUUUGAUCAGAGAUCUAGGUAUUUGGAUUUAGCUCUUGCAGCUAUGGAUGAGCUUGUGAAGAUGGCUCAGACACGUGAACCGCUCUGGGUUCGAAGUUUGGAUAAUGGGUUUGAUAUGCUUAAUAAGGAAGAGUAUGACACAAGUUUCAGUCGUUGUGUUGGACCUAAACAAGAUGGGUUUGUCUCUGAAGCUUCUAAAGAUUCUGGAACUGUUAUUAUCAAUAGCUUAGCUCUUGUUGAAACCUUGAUGGACUCGGAACGAUGGGCGGAAAUGUUUCCAUUUAUGAUAUCAAGAACUUCAACUACUGAGAUUAUCUCUAGUGGCAUGGGAGGGACAAGAAAUGGUGCACUUCAUUUGAUGCAUGCAGAGCUUCAAUUGUUGUCUCCACUUGUACCGGUUCGACAAGUUUCGUUCUUGCGCUUCUGUAAACAGCACGCGGAAGGUGUUUGGGCGGUUGUUGAUGUCUCGAUUGAUUCGAUAAGAGAAGGAAUUUCUUCUAGCUGUAGAAGGUUACCGUCCGGUUGUCUCGUGCAAGAUAUGGCCAAUGGCUACUCUAAGGUAACGUGGAUCGAGCACACAGAGUACGACGAAAACCGCAUCCACCGCUUAUACCGCCCUUUACUCAGCUGCGGUUUAGCGUUUGGCGCGCAGCGAUGGAUGGCUGCGUUACAACGUCAAUGCGAAUGCCUCACCAUUCUCAUGUCCUCCACUGUUUCCCCUUCGCGUAGCCCAACCCCCAUAAGCUGCAAUGGGAGGAAGAGCAUGCUCAAGCUAGCUAAGAGAAUGACUGAUAAUUUCUGCGGCGGAGUUUGUGCGUCGUCGUUACAGAAAUGGAGCAAACUUAACGUCGGUAACGUGGACGAAGACGUUAGGAUCAUGACUAGGAAGAGCAUAAACGAUCCCGGCGAACCUCCCGGGAUCGUUUUAAACGCUUCGACCUCCGUGUGGAUGCCGGUUUCUCCACGAAGGUUGUUUGAUUUCCUUGGGAAUGAGCGGCUGAGAUCUGAAUGGGAUAUUUUAUCCAACGGUGGUCCAAUGCAAGAGAUGGCUCAUAUCUCUAAAGGCCAUGACCACUCUAACUCCGUCUCUCUUCUCCGUGCAAGCGCGAUAAAUGCGAAUCAGACUAGUAUGCUAAUACUACAAGAAACAAGCAUAGACGCGGCAGGAGCGGUUGUAGUGUACGCGCCUGUUGAUAUCCCAGCAAUGCAAGCUGUGAUGAACGGUGGUGAUUCUGCUUACGUGGCACUCCUUCCUUCAGGAUUCGCUAUUCUACCGAACGCUCAGCAACGCUGCGCCGCAGAGGAUCGCAACGGUAACGGUGGGUGUAUGGAGGAAGGAGGGUCGUUACUAACGGUGGCGUUUCAGAUACUGGUGAAUAGUUUGCCUACGGCUAAGCUUACGGUGGAAUCCGUAGAAACGGUAGGAGAUUCCGACACGCCUAGAUCAAAGCCUAAUCAGAUUCGUGAAGAAAGUGAAAUCACGGAAACAAACGAGAGAGAUUCUGUUUUAGAAGAAUCUGUCUCGACGACAGAGAAUUCUGUUCAUCAAUUACCAAAAGAAAUCCGCGACAUGGGAAUCGGAGACGAAAAGGAUUUGGACGGUGGGAUUAUCAAGGGAAAUGGAACAGAAUCUGGUCGCAUUAUUACCACGAAGAAGAAGGGUUUAAAUGAUCAAAGAGACAAGACAAUCUCGUACAGAGCUGAACAUGUAAUCGGCACUGGCUCGUUCGGUGUUGUCUUUCAGGCGAAGUGCUUAGAGACGGAAGAAAAAGUAGCGAUCAAGAAAGUGUUGCAAGACAAAAGAUACAAAAACAGAGAACUCCAGAUUAUGCGAAUGCUUGAUCAUCCUAAUGUUGUUGAGCUCAAGCACUCUUUCUUCUCGACGACUGAGAAAGACGAGCUUUAUCUUAACCUUGUUCUUGAGUAUGUACCCGAGACUAUAUAUCGUGCUUCGAGAUCUUACACUAAGAUGAAUCAUCAUAUGCCUUUGAUUUAUGUUCAGCUCUAUACCUAUCAGAUUUGCCGCGCAAUGAAUUAUCUGCAUCGAGCUGUUGGAGUGUGUCAUCGUGAUAUUAAACCGCAAAAUCUAUUGGUCAAUAAUGUUACGCAUGAGGUUAAGAUAUGCGAUUUUGGGAGCGCGAAAAUGCUGAUUCCAGGAGAACCAAAUAUAUCUUACAUAUGCUCAAGGUAUUACAGAGCUCCAGAACUCAUAUUUGGAGCAACUGAGUACACAAACGCGAUCGAUAUGUGGUCAGUAGGUUGUGUAAUGGCUGAGCUUUUUCUUGGACAUCCUCUAUUCCCUGGAGAAACAAGUGUUGAUCAAUUGGUAGAGAUCAUUAAGAUUUUGGGGACACCAGCAAGAGAAGAGAUAAAGAACAUGAAUCCUCGUUACAACGAUUUUAAGUUCCCUCAGAUCAAAGCUCAGCCAUGGCACAAGAUUUUCCGGAGACAGGUAUCUCCAGAAGCAAUGGAUCUUGCCUCUAGGCUCCUUCAGUAUUCACCAAACCUGAGAUGCUCAGCGCUUGAAGCAUGUGCACACCCGUUCUUCGAUGAUUUGAGAGACCCGAGUGCAUCCUUGCCUAAUGGAAGAGCACUUCCUCCGUUGUUUGAUUUCACAGCUCAAGAAUUGGCUGGUGCAUCUGUUGAAUUGCGUCAUCGCUUAAUCCCAGAGCAUGCAAGGAAAUGA